UUGAACUAUUUGUUCAUCCACCAGAUGAAGCACCUUCGUUUGACCAAUUUCAUUAUCAUGUUGCCUUACGUGAUAGCGUAAAUAUGUUGAUAAAACCAAAAACUACGACUACAUCACGAUCUCUUCGGAUGCAGCCAUACCAAGACCGGCAGUGUUUCUUCGAGAACGAACGAUACCUACGGUUCUUCAGAAUCUACAAUCAGCACAACUGCAUCCAGGAGUGCAUGGUCAACUUUACCUACAAUCUAUGUGGAUGCGUUAAAUUUUCCAUGCCAAGAAGCGCGGACAUGCGCGAAUGCGAUGCUAGCGAAAUUGGCUGCUAUUCGGGAGCUUACCUUAAAAUGUAUGCCCAGCAAAUCGGCAAAAACAUUAGCAAUCCUUGUGGUUGUUUGCCUGCGUGCAUGUCGCUGUCCUAUGAUGUAGAAAUAUCCAGCACGCCAAUGGAUAUUGGGUCGUAUGUUAGAGCUCUAGGAUUUCAGCACGAAAACUUGUCGCAAUUAGCUGCAUCUCACUUUGCGAUCAGCAUCAGGGACAAAUGGAUACUGCCGAAGAUUCGUCAGGAAUUGAUGGGCGUUGGCGAUAUGGUGGGUAGUUUGGGAGGCUUGUUCGGACUCAUGAUGGGGGCCAGUUUGUUGAGCCUGCUGGAAAUCGUAUAUUUUUGCUUGAUCAGACCCUUUAGAAACGAAAAACAUGCACCGAAAGUACGGCAAAUGAUACCAUGGCAGAAUGCUUUUCGAUAG